GGAGAACGAAAACCAUUCACGUUUCUAGCGCUUUAUUCAUCCACAAGGAUUUGUUUGUGGUGACUAUCAGGCUUUCGUCAAACAUUAAACACUAGAUUCACAUCAUAAUAAAAUGGCAUCGGGUCUUGCUAGAUCAAAGCUGAUGAAUUUCGCUUUUAGGUGCCAAUGGAGCCCUGUCUCACUCAUUUAUCGUCCUGAAUGUUCCUCUGCAAAAUUUAGUCUUUCUGAUUACAAGUCUUUUAAGUUAGAUUCCACACCCGCAAAUGAAACUGAAUGCAGUCGUGACGAUGCACUUAAAUACCUCGAGAGUCUUCACCGCAUUCGUAGAAUGGAAACGGCACUGGGUAACAUGUAUAAAGAAAAGCUCAUUCGCGGUUUCUGUCAUCUAUACUCGGGUCAGGAAGCAGUUGCAGUUGGUAUUGAGGCUGCUUUACAACCAGGCGAUACUAUUAUCACUGCUUAUCGCUGCCACGGCUUUACAAUGACUCGCGGUGUUCCUGUCCACAAUAUAGUCGCAGAACUCGCAGGAAAGAAGACUGGAUGCACAAAAGGGUUAGGGGGCAGUAUGCAUCUUUACGCAAAAGAUUUCUAUGGUGGUAAUGGCAUCGUUGGCGCUCAGGUUCCUUUAGGUGUUGGAAUAGCAUUACGUAUGAAACAUCGUGGGGAAAAGUUUGUUUCUGUAACUCUUUAUGGAGAUGGUGCGGCUAACCAGGGACAGGUGUUUGAAGCCUUUAAUAUAGCGAAGUUAUGGAAUCUUCCUGUGAUUUUCAUUUGUGAAAACAAUAAAUAUGGUAUGGGUACAUCUGUACAGCGUUCAUCGGCUAACACUAAUUACUAUACUCGUGGAGAUUACAUUCCUGGAUUGUGGGUUGAUGGUAUGGAUAUACUUACUGUUAGAGAAGCCACACGUUUUGCUGCUGAUUGGUGUCGUUCUGACAAAGGACCAAUACUGUUAGAAACAGAGACUUAUCGUUACCAUGGUCAUAGUAUGAGCGACCCAGGCACUAGUUAUCGUACACGGGAAGAAGUUCAGUCGAUGAGGCGUGGACGAGAUCCUAUUGCUUUAUUCCAGAAGAGCAUUGUGGACAAUGGGCUAUGCACACAAGAUGAAGUUAAGGAGAUCGAAAAAAGAGUUCGAACUGAAGUAGAUAAAGAAGUAGAAAGGGCGAUGAGCGACUCAGAACCACCACUAGAGACGAUGUUUGGAAAUAUUUACCAUGGGAUACCUCCAAAUUACAAGAUUCGAGGUUGCGAUUUAAAAACUUGGGGUUCACCAUUCGUCACUAAGUAGCUAGAUAGUAUUACGUGUUCUGAAGUGUGAAAAAGCUGGUCAGCAAAUACUACCUAAUUUAUUAGUCGGGCUUUUAGUAUUUUCUAAGAGACCAUCAGGUUUAUCUGCAAAUACACAAAAGAUAAUGAGAUUAAUUCGAACUUCCGGAGUCUUAUUUGAAGGAAUUAUUAUUGCGAUGCAUUUGUAAUGUACCGUUUACAUUCAACUACGUAAUUCAUAAACUAAAGGAUGGUAUAGAAAUGGGAUCUUCUCUUGUUCCAUUACUAGCAGAUUAUUUCAUGGCCGAUUGAGAAAAAAGUCAUCUUAAAAUAACAACUUUUCCUUGUGUACAAGUUAUUUUAUACCGGCAAACUGAAUCAGAAAUUGGACUGAAAUUACUUGUUGAAAUAUUAAAAAUCUACUCGAAAAAAAAAAAGAAAGGAAAACGAUAUGGAAAAUUGAUGCGAAUUAUACGUUAGCAAGCAAUUAGAAAGAAAAGGAUUAGUUUAAUACGGCACUGGUAGUCAUGAGAAAAUGAUGAAAUAUUUGGAGAAGAAAGUGAGAAAGAAUUUGUAAGUUAUAUAGUAAAUGAUGAUUAAAUUAUUUCUUCCUACUAUCAUAUAUUUCGGAAUUUAGAAUUACAAGAACUGAUAUUUGUAAGUGACAUAAAAUCCACAAGAAAGUGAUAGUCUGUUUAUGAUAUUUGGAAUGACAGUCGAUCAGUAGCAGCGUAGAACCUGGUACGUAUAUACAUCGGUUCAAGUUUCAAUGCUCCAUUAGCACAGAAACGAAGUUGUCAGGUCAAAUACCAGAAUAGUAGAGGUAGUAACACUAUCAGUGGUAAUAGCAAACAUUGGGUAUCGAAGAUACAAUUCGAGAAAAUAUAAAUUAAUGAAAUAAAAAAAGGUUAUUAGGAACUUACAACAACACAUUUUUCCAACCACCUCAGUUGAUGAAGGUUUACUACUUCAUCAAUCGAUUCACCAUAUUCCUAGCCUUACAUAAAACAUAAGAUGACCUUCUAGUUAGUUAAUGUAACUUGUGGUCAUGUGCCCUUAUCAAUAUAUGAGGUAAUGAUGCCACCAAUUAGAGAACAAUGAAUUAUCGACCGGACCAGUGACGCAUAAAACCCGUACGAGUAGUCUGGAAUCUUUAUCGGCUCUUCUUCGUUCCUAGCCCUACCUCUUAAGUCCAGAACACCAAUUUCAGCCUCCGUGAUAUGGAUCAUGUAUUUCCAACAUACUGGGUUUAUAUGCAAACCAAAAAGACUACAUCGCACCACAAAAAAGAAAACAUUUUACAAGAUCUAGCCAAAAGUAGCUGUGAAUGUGGAAUACUGUAAUUAAUAGAUUAGUAAAUCGUAUAAUAAUAGUCUAUGGGUCAAAAUAAAGCUUUUAUUAAGAGGAACAUGAAUAUGCUUAGAUUAGCUACUCAAUAAUUAUACAACAAAAAUAUAUGUAUCGUAUUGGUUCACAAAUAGCUCACAAAAUUUACCAUUCAUUAUUCUCGUCGGAAAAUAACAUUAGUAAAGUAACCUAAUUAGUCGUCAUUUUGCAAAGUUUCUAAUA